UCUUGUUAUGCCUACAAAUUUUCCGGGAAACAAGCAUCACGCCCAUUCUCUCAACUACGGUGUGAUCUCAGCCAGCGGCAGCUGCGCAGCCUCAACAACACACUGCAGAUCAGGGUAUUCCGCGACUACGCGUAUUUACUGGAGUUAUUUAUUUAAUUGAUGUUAUAUAAUGGUAACUGACAAGGCACACACCCGUUCUCUACCGACAAAACGGACUCUAGCAAUGCAGCCCCUUAAGAAACUUGCUGAAACAAACUGACCUGUGUACUCAAUAGCAAGAUAUAUUAAAGCAGUGACAGUGAGCAGAAAAACACAUAACUGGAGUGUCAGCAUCAGGCCAGGUGGUGAAGAACCAGUAGAGUGGUAAGAAGAACGACCUGGCCUGUGACUCAUCCAUGGCAGACCCCAGCCUGACGUCCCCCUCAGAGGCCCCUCUGCGCUCCCCCCGGGCUGCACCCGUUUCCCUCUCCUUCCCCUUUUUGAGGGAGGGCAGCCGUGUGUGGGAAAGAGGAGUACCACCCCUGCCCCGGUCACUGCCCAGCCCACUGCCCACCAAACGCAACCGCACCUAUUCAGCCACGGUGCGGGCCACCUCAGGGCCAGCGUUUAAGGGCGUGUGCAAGAGCUUCUGCAGGUCACAAGGUCAUGGCUUCAUCCAUCCCUCCAAUGGCGGAGAUGACAUCUUUGUUCACAUCUCGGAUAUCGAGGGCGAGUAUGUCCCAGUAGAAGGAGAUGAGGUCACAUACAAAGUCUCCCGGAUCCCACCCAAAAACCUGAAGAUCCAGGCCGUGGAGGUGAAGAUUGUUCAUCUGAACCCAGGGACGAAGCAUGAGACCUGGUCUGGCCAGAUCAUCAGCCAGCUAGACGAGAGCUAGGCUUCAGCGCUGGCCUGUUUAUCUACACUUGGCUACAGGGAGGGCUAGGGUGGGAGGUUGAGGGGUCUGGCUAGGGCAGGCAGGGACGGCCAACUGGUGCUGGAGAGUCUGUCUAAAUCAGGUGUGCUAGAGCUGGGCUGAAACAAAACUCUAGAUACACUGACUGGCUCCCCAGGACACAAGUUGGCCAUCUGUGAACUAGGAUGUGGUUGGUACAGACUGGAUUGAUAAGUCAUAAAAGCAAGUAAGGGAGGAGAAUAUGUUCAACCUGAAGGUACUGAAAAUGGGUGAGGGGACAGAGCAGAGUGGUGGAGGAAAUAGAAUGAGAAAUCCGACACCAUUUUGAGGAGAAGCAUUACUAUUGGUAUGAAAUCAAAAGGAGGUUGGAGAGAAAAUAACUGACGAAGGUUUAGAGGUACAGAAUUGGAAACGUCUGAUUGAGAGAGCAAUCGAGAAGGGAGGGAGAGAUGGAUGUCAUGGGAGACAAAAAAACGUCUGAUUGAGAGAGCAAUCGAGAAGGGAGGGAGAGAUGAUGUCAUGGGAGACAAAAAACGUCUGAUUGAGAGAGCAAUCGAGAAGGGAGGGAGAGAUGAUGUCAUGGGAGACAAAAACGAGCUUGGAAAAAUGAUUUAUAUUUUACUGUGAAUGGAAAAGCCACUAUUAAUAUUUUCUCGAGGUACACAACCAUCUUUGUAUUUAUAUAUAUUUAUUUGAUCCUUUUGUUUAGAUUUUUUUUGUAUCCGUUAGUUUUGAGGUUACUGGAUUUAAGUUUUGGGUAUUGUAGUCAAACAAAUGCACUUAACUUGAACUUCCAUUCUGAAAUACUGCCGAACCGACUACAACUCCUAUUAGGCUUUAUCAUGUGGCAAUAUGUAGUCCUGUUUGCAAAUUGUAACUCACCAUGAUGGUAUGAGCAAAUUACUGCAAGGUCUUUGAAACUAUUUGAAACUUUUCUAUUGUCUGAGAGACACUGUAACACACUGUCAAUGGAAUUGAAAUACAUUUUAAUGUUUUUGUUUAAGUUUUGAUAUGAUCAUUUGAUUGUUACUGAACCAUUAUUCAUAUUUGUUUCAUGUCUGCCUAUUAUGUUUAGCAUUUCUCAAUAUUUAGGAAAUUUCUAUGCAUAUUUAUAUCCUUCAUUCUUAAUGUUUUGGGUUGUUUUAUUUCAUAUUUUAGUUUUAGUUAAAAUGCUAGGUUUUCCAUUGGUCACAGUUCAGAGCAUUUUCUGUUACACAAGCCACUGUGGCUAUAGUUUACCCUCAUUUAUUUCUAUGUGAGCCUUGAAAGAGCACUAAUAACAUUUUAUGAUUCACAAUUAUGAUGGCUUAUCUUUUUUUAGUAUUUAUCUUUGGAGAUAAGGGUGUAGGCACACAUUAGAAUGCCAUGCCUUAGUUAUAAUUUCCAUCUGUUGUACAAAAAAAUAACAAGUCACACUUGGCACAAUGAUAUAAAAUAAUUUAUUACAAUGAACAUAGUUCAAAUGAAUACAGUACUCAACAAUCACAUGAUGAUUUCACAAUUAGUGUAUGUCGAUCAAACUGUACAAGUGAGUCCACUGGACCUUUGUCAUUCAGGAAGGUCUAAUGGCCUUUGGCAGAAGGGUGAAGACAUCCAGAUUAUUAUAUUUGUAGCAGACGGCAUUAACCUUUUAAUAAAAUUUGAUUUGAUACAA